AUGGUCGACAGACAUUGGCUGUAUGGAAAUUUCCAUACAAUUACUGCAUCAGAAUCGAACUCUAUUGAUUGAUGCAGGGAAGUAGGCAUUAUGAAGGAUCCUAUAUGCGACUUAUUCCAUAGGCCGACCUAUAUUUAUCAGGGAGGUAAUUCACAUUUUUUAAGAUGCAAUUCAUGCCAAAAAACACUCUCUUUGCGUCGGCUUUCAAUAUUUCAAUAUUCUAGGCUUCCGCUCUCCACUUGCAUUAAAAUAAUCUUUUUCCACAUGAUAAGAGAACACUCAGUGCUUCAGAUUGCUCAAGAUCUUGGAUAUACCCAUAAAGCAGUAAGAAAAUUCAUCAAAGCAGUCAGAAGGCACAUUUCUAAACAAAUUUUUAAGAGCUAUUUCGAAGAUGAUCCUUUAGGAUCAGAAAAUGAGCCAGGUAGAAAUCACCCAACAGUAGAGAUGGAUGAGACCAAACUCCUGCACUGAAAGAACGAAACCAGAUGAGUGUGUUUGGAAUUUAUGAUAGAGGCACUAAAAAAUAUCGGCUUUUUUACUGUUCUAACAAUAGGUCCUAUGAAGAACUUAAAAAUUAUAUACUCUUAUCAGUUGCUACUGAUCCGAAUAACCCUACGGAAUGUUGGACUGAUGGCUGAAGAGAGCAUAUAA